AUGUCAAAUGAUAUUAUGCCUGAUUCAUUAUGCACUAAUCUAACGGAACCCCUAUCAAAGAGUGUAACCAAAGUGCAAACACUUCCAAAUAUCAGCGCAUGGAAUGAUUCAAAUGCUCUUCUCAGAGACUUCCUCUCGAUGUUCUUCACCAAAAAAGCCUCAUUCUUUGGGGUGAAACAUCGUUUACCAGAUCGUAAAAGAGUCUCCAUUUUGACUCCAAACGAUAUUUUGCUGAUUUAUGAAACGAAUUGUACUGGAUAUUCGUUCGACGUUUCAGAAGCGGUGAGAAUGGAUUCGUUGUGUUAUCGAAAGGAUAAACAGCAGCUUGACGAGAAGACGUGCACUAUCACAUUGAAAUAUAAGUUUGGAUAUGUGAAUCUCGUUUUGAAGAAACAUCAGAUUCCAGUUUGGAGGCAAACUCUUUUUGCAAUAUUUGAAGAAGAGUCAUUCAAUGAAAACAUUGUCAACAAUCUAUCGCUGUAUACUGCCAGAGAUGAAGACAUUGAUGAUGCUUUACUAACCAAUCGUUCCCAUUUGGAUUACACUAACUCAGUUUCCGUGAUCAGUUUGAAAUCAUCACAUGGAUUCAUGAAUCUAACUCGAUCAGAAGCAGACUUCACUGUCGACAGCACUCAAAUUGAGAAUUCUUCUCUGAAAACUAAUUCAAAUCGUUCUUCUACUUGUCUUCCACUAACAAUGCGUAGCAACAUUUCAACUCCUUCCCUUUGUUCCAAUACUUCUAAAACGGCCUCGGUAGAUAAUAACGCCAAUAAAAACAUGAUAUCUUCUGUGAUUUUCAGUUCAAUUCGUCAAGGAUCGCAUGCAGUUUCAUAUCUCGCAAAAAAGUUUGAAGCAAAACUGGGAAUCGGAAGAAAGACUGAGCAGAAAACAAAAGAGCAACCAUCAGCAUCAUCUCCAUUGGAAAUUUUAUUUCCACCGCCUCCAUCAAAUCAACAAAAAACAGAUGAAUUCGAAAUUCAGACUGAUGAGAAACCGAGAAGAAUGUCGAUUCUCAGUUCUAUUUUGUCAAAGAAAACCAUGAAACACCCAGAGGAAAUUAAAACUGAACUUGUAUAA